AUGCCGCAUAGGCGCCAGUCAGAUGGGCCAGCGUUGAUUGACCGCGAGGCCCAGGAGGCCGAGGUCAUCAGAGUGGAGGCCAAGGCGUUCCUCCGGCGCGCGCUGCAACGCACCGUGAUCCUGUUGGCGGCGGCGGGCAUCGUCGCGGCGUCGGUGCUGCUGCCCGUGUCGCAGUCUCUCAAGGCAGAGGUGCCUGAGGAGCUCGUCCAGGUCCGCACCCCCCAGCCGUCCCUGCGCCUCAUCGCCGGCUGGCCCAGCCCCGCAGUGGCGCUGCCGGCAGGCAGCGCAGCGGCGCUGCUGCCGUCGCAACUGCGGGGUGCGGUGCUGCAGGAGCAACGCGUGGCGGGGCUGCCAGGGAUCACGCUUCUGGAUUUCGGCAGCGAGACCGACCUGCAGGCUGCACUCGCGGCGCUCGCAAGUACCACAGGUCUGCGUUACGUGCUGAGGGACUUCCCCCUGGCCCAGGACUACCAUAUCGACGAGGGCGGCGUUGUGACCCCGGACCAAUUGUUUGAUCGGCGGUGGCAGGGCGUCGCCGCGGACAGGCGGCCGCCGCAGGCGGGGCGGCGGCUGCCGGUGACGGCGCUGAGGCGGCUGCAGGAGCUGUCGGCGCGGCGCGCCGCCGCGCGCCGGCUGAGCCAGCAAGGGGAGCCGCUGCCGCCGCAGGCCGCCAACUCCACGGCAGACGCGGCCACGCCCGCCAACUCGACAGCCGGGACCGCUGCCGCAAAUGAGACGGCUGCCGCAGCAGCAGCGGCGGCGGCGGCGGCGGCCGCCGCGCGCGCCGCGGCGCUCAGCAACUUGCCGGCGUUCCUGCGGGCCGACGGCGGCGGGCUCGAUGCGCCCGCGGCGUGGGCGCUGUCGGAGGGCGCGGCGGCGGUGGUGGUCGCCGUGCUGGGGAGCGGCGUGGAGGGCACGCACCCGCGGCUGGCGGGGGCGGUGUGGAGCAACGCGGGGGAGGUGCCCGGAGACGGAAUCGACGACGACGAGAACGGUUUGGGCACGCGCGGCGGGCGGGGGCGGCGACCGCACCCUUUGCUGUCCUGA